UCCAAUCACAGCAUCGCAAAGUUCCUGCUGCGGAAGAGGGAUGAGAAGGAGAUGGCUGAACUUAGAUAGCCCUGUGUUUGGGAACAUCUUCACCAUGGACCUUCUCCGGAGGAACGAGGGAUGUGGAGCGCGACUGCUCGUCCUCGCGGUCGUGUUCGGCUGGUGUUUCGGGGCCGCGAACUGUUUCGGACAGAACCUGGACAGCGAGUUCACGUUCCUGCUGCCACCCGGAAGAUCCGAGUGUUUCUUCCAAACAGCAAUGAGGAAUGGUACGAUGGAGGUCGAAUAUCAGGUGAUAGCGGGCUCUGGUAUGGACGUAGACUUCACCAUCAUCUCUCCAGAAGGCAGCCACGUCAUCGUAGAGUCUCGACGCUCUGACGGAGUCCACGUGGUGGAGCCCACGGUGGAGGGAGACUACCAAAUCUGCUUCGACAACAGCUUCAGUCGCUUCUCAGAGAAGAUGGUGUUCUUUGAGAUCAUCAUCGAGGGUCAAGGAGGAGAUGUGGGUGGAGAUGAAGAGUGGCCGGGAUUAGUGGAGCCUGACGGAAGCCUUCUGGAGUACAAGCUGGACGACAUCCGGGAGUCCAUGGACUCUCUGCACAAACGCUUGGAGCGCAGCCGGCAGAUGCAGACGGUGUUGCGGGCUUUUGAGGCGCGGGACCGAAACCUUCUGGAGGACAACCUGUGGAGGGUUUCCUUCUGGUCCUGUGCCAGUGUGCUGGUGAUGCUGUGUGUGGCCUUUACCCAGGUCUACACCGUCCGUAAACUGUUCGACGAUAAGCGGAGGGUCUACACAUAAUAGAGGAGAACAAUCGAGGACAAGAUGUUCAGCUGGUUACCCAUUCAGACUUUGCUCUUAUUAUUUUCAUUUAGUCGACAUGAACACCAGCAUUCGUCGUCAGUUUUAACGGAUUUUACGUCUAAAGUCUUGUUUUAGAUCAGCUUGUGAGCAAUAAUUAAAUAUUAUGAGAUGAUGGAAGGGUAACCAGAGGAGGAAGAUGCUUAUUUUGAUUUCAUUUAGUGCCUUUUAAUGUCAAAUCUCACCACAAACCAACGAGGAAAUGCAUUUUAAAAAGGCACUGCCUGCAUAGACGGAGCAGUAAAUAUUGUAGCAUAACUAUGUUUGUGAAACUGGUGAGAGGUUUUUGGAAUAUUUCGUCAAAGGCCAGAUUGUCCUCACUAAAGGUUAAAGGUCGGUUUACAUGGGAUAACAAUGUGCAAUAGUGUCGUUGCCGUAUUUGUUCUUCCUAAAAGUUAAAGAUCUCUCCAUCAUAUUAGUGAGGUGUCCGUCUGACCGGCCGUCAGCUCUUUUGAGACGUUACUGAUUUCUUUUCACGCGUCGGCUCAGGUCCACGCCGACCUGUUGCCAGUAAGAAUGUAGAAUCACAAAGAGGGAUGAUUUGCAGUGCGAUUGCCAAUAAUGUACAACGUGUCAGUGCUCUUCCAGACAACUGUGUAGUACGUAUGUGUGUGUCAGUUCAGAUAUGUAUCAGGAUAAUUCAGUGUGAACAUACGGAUUAUUAGAUGUGUGUUCUUGUCUUCUAGAUGAUCAAACUUUCUUUUUUCUCAGAUGUUUGUUUGUGUCAACAGAAUGUGACAUUUUGAUUCUGCUCAGACAGCCACUGUGUGUUUUUAAAAAGAAUAACAGGCUUUCCUUACAUAUUCAGUAGAAGUAAAAAAAAAAAAAUCAGGUUUACAUUGGUCAUUGAUAUUAAUAAAUACAUUUUUUACACAGGAAAUACUUGGUUUGAUGUCUUCAAUGAAUAAAACAUGGUGACACAGA